UGCGGCGGGGCCCGUGGCGGCGGGUCCCGGCGGGGCGGCGCGGCCAUGAACGCGGAGCGGGACCUGGCGCCGCUGGCGCCCAGCGUGGUGCGGGCGCUGAACGACAAGCUGUACGAGAAGAGGAAGGUGGCGGCGCUCGAGAUCGAGAAGCUGGUGCGAGAGUUUGUGGCUCAGAACAACACGUCUCAAAUCAAACACGUGAUCCAGAUCCUGUCGCAGGAGUUUGCGCUCUCCCAGCACCCCCACAGCCGCAAAGGGGGGCUCAUUGGCCUGGCCGCCUGCUCCAUCGCCCUGGGCAAGGACUCUGGGCUGUACCUGAAGGAGCUGAUUGAGCCGGUGCUGACGUGUUUCAAUGAUGCCGAUAGCCGGCUGCGGUACUACGCCUGCGAGGCCCUCUAUAACAUCGUCAAGGUGGCCAGGGGCUCUGUCCUCCCACACUUCAACGUGCUCUUCGAUGGCCUCAGCAAGCUGGCUGCUGAUCCCGACCCCAACGUCAAAAGUGGCUCUGAGCUCCUCGAUCGGCUUCUCAAGGACAUCGUGACAGAGAGCAACCAGUUUGACUUGGUUGGCUUCAUCCCACUGCUGCGUGAGAGGAUUUACUCCAACAACCAGUACGCCCGGCAGUUCAUCAUAUCCUGGAUCCUGGUCUUGGAGUCUGUGCCUGACAUCAACCUCUUGGAUUACCUACCAGAAAUCCUGGAUGGGCUCUUCCAGAUCCUGGGAGACAACAGCAAGGAGAUAAGGAAGAUGUGCGAGGUGGCUCUUGGGGAGUUCCUCAAGGAGAUCAAGAAGAAUCCCUCCAGUGUCAAGUUUGCAGAAAUGGCCAAUAUCCUGGUGAUCCACUGCCAGGCAGCAGAUGACCUAAUCCAGCUGACAGCUAUGUGCUGGAUGAGGGAGUUCAUCCAGCUGGCUGGCAGGGUGAUGCUGCCUUACUCCUCAGGGAUCCUGACCGCUGUCCUGCCGUGUCUGUCCUACGAUGAUCGCAAGAAGAACAUCAAGGAGGUGGCAAACGUGUGCAACCAGAGCCUGAUGAAGUUGGUCAUCCCAGAGGACGAUGAAAUGGAAGAGGCCAAGCAGUCAAUGACCAUACCAGCAGAGCCCACCUCGGAGGAGUCGCUCUCCAAACCAGAGACAGCAUCCAGCAGCUCUCUGGAUGCGUCUGGUGACUCCACCUUCAGCAGCAACAGUGUCUUCACAGUAACCAGCUCCGAGAGGAUCCAGGUGAGCCUGAACCUGGAUGGAAUAGUUCAGGUGCUGGAUUGCCACCUUCAUGACACGUCCAUUGGGAUGAUGACCAGAAUUGCAGUCCUGAAAUGGCUAUACCACUUGUACAUCAAGACUCCUCGUAAGAUGUUCCGACACACCGACAGCCUCUUCCCCAUCUUGCUGCGGACCCUCUCAGAUGAAUCAGAUGAGGUUAUCCUGAAGGACCUGGAGGUGCUGGCUGAGAUCGCUUCCUCCCCGGCGGGACAGACGGAGGGGCCAGCUCCCUCCGACGGCUCCGAGGCACGGCCCAGCCCCGUAGAGCUUCACGUCCCAGCCAAGGCCACGGGGCAGCUGAGCUCCUCCGGUGUGAAAGGCUUGGAAUGCUCACCCUCCACCCCCACCAUGAACUCCUACUUCUACAAGUUCAUGAUCAACCUGCUCAAGCGCUUCAGCAGCGAACGGAAACUCCUGGAGACCAGAGGAGCCUUCAUCAUCAGACAGCUUUGUCUGCUUCUGAAUGCAGAAAACAUCUUCCAUUCCAUGGCAGACAUACUGCUUCGAGAAGAGGACCUCAAGUUCGCCUCUACCAUGGUGCACACCCUGAACACCAUCCUGCUGACGUCCUCUGAGCUCUUCCAGCUGAGGAACCAACUGAAGGACCUGAAGACUCCGGAAAGCCGAAACCUCUUCUGCUGCCUGUACCGGUCCUGGUGUCACAACCCCGUGACAACCGUCUCCCUCUGCUUCCUGACCCAGAACUACAAGCACGCCUACGACCUCAUCCAGAAAUUCGGGGAUCUGGAGGUCACCGUGGAUUUCCUCACCGAGGUCGACAAGCUGGUGCAGCUGAUCGAGUGCCCCAUAUUCACAUAUCUGCGCCUGCAGCUGCUGGACGUGAAGAACAACCCCUACCUGAUCAAGGCUCUCUACGGCCUCCUGAUGCUGCUGCCCCAGAGCAGCGCCUUCCAGCUCCUGUCCCACCGCCUGCAGUGCGUCCCCAACCCCGAGCUCAUGCAGACCGCGGACAGCACCAAAGCGAGCACCAGCUUCAAGAGGACCACAGCUUCCAACAUCGACUACACAGAGCUGCUCCAGCACUUUGAGAAGGUCCAAAACAAGCACCUGGAAGCCCGGCACCAGCGAGCCGGGCGGGCAGAGCAGCUGGACCGCCGGGUGGUCCUCUGAGCAUCCCCCCCGGCAGCCACGGCUGUGCAGGGACCAGGGGACAGGGCCACUGGCUGCUGGCUGCCGGAGGAUCUGGUGGUUUCAUGGCAGAGGGAGAUGGGCAAGUGCUCAGCCCAGGGCUGGUUUUGCUCCCUGCUGUGCUUGUUGGAUGGUGGAGGGACCCCCGGGCUGUGCCCGGCUUCUCCCGUGGGGGUGUUGCAGGGAUGCAGGGAGGGGUUGCAGGAGGAGAGGGCCAGGGGAAAGCACCCUGUGUUCUCUGGUGAGGAAACACUCUUCUGCUUUGCUAAUGCCUUCCCCGUGACUGUCAGCUGAGCGCUCAGCCUCCUGCCAGCAAGGCCGGAGGGGAAGGGAGCAAGCCCUGGCCUCCUGCCCUGGAGAACAGGGGCUGCCUCUCGCCACCCCAACAGCCACCCUCAGUCCCCAGAGCCAUGCUGGGGGCUGCCUGCAGCAUCUCACCUGGGGCCUCACUCACACUUCUGUGCGUGGCACUCGGCCCCCUCCCCAUGUCCACACACCCACCCCCCAAGCCCCCAGCUCUGGGCACAGGUGGCAGCGCAGCCUUGAGUCUCAGCUGGCGGCAGGGAUGGGUGAGGGGCAGUGGGGGCCCCCAUCACACCCAGCCCUGGACUCCAUUCUUUGUUCCUACGUUAAGCUCCCCGGGAUCAAAUAAACAAGCAGUGC